CCCCUAAAUGGUUAGGGAUGCGGGAGGCUCGGAGUUGCCGCACGCUCCGUGCAGGUACAAGAGGCCGUCCACAUAGAACGACUUGCACGGUAGCGGCCUUAGUCUGGUUGAGGUGGGAGUUUCCUGGAGAGGGUGGGGACAACCAUCCCAAAGCAUCUCUCCAGUUCCUGCCAAAGAAUCCUGCAUGAAAUUUCCUUUGCACCUGGGGCACCCAGUGAGCGAGGAGAGGGCACAACCUUUUGUGGAGCCAAAGGCCCAGUAUGAACCAGUGGUGCAAGGUGCAGCUACGGAAAUCCCAGUCUGGUUUUUAAAUGGUGCACUAAAGGCCAGAUUUAACCCUGGUGCAACUCUCAUUCGUUUCAGUGGGGUUGAUCACUUUACAGAAGUGCUGGACUUGGCCCUGUGUGGUGAAGCAAGUUACUUCGAUUUGCUGUUCACCUCUGGAGCCCUGAGUUUAGACCUGCCAGAGGUUCAAGUCAUGUGAUAUCAAUGGGCCUGAUCCUUCUGCCCUCAUUGAUCUCAAUAUGGGGAUGCUCAGAAUCUCUGAAAAAUCAGGCCAGCGGUCUCACAUAAACAAGGAUGAAGACUAUAGUUAGGUUUGGUGCCUGAAGAGGAUCUGAAUUAACCAUCAGCUAAACAAAGCUUCUGUAUGUGAUGCCUUAACCACAGCAUGAGAUGUUCCCCUGUAGCCCUCUGGGAAGCAUCAUGCUGACCAGUAUCACCGAUGGGAUCAUGUGUUGCUUGAUGGGCAAGACAACGAAUGCGGUGGGGCCUGUGGACAGCUUUGAGUCCAGCGACGGCUACAGCUUCCUGGAGGUGAAGCCCGGGAGGGUCCUGCGGGUGAAACACACCCUGCCCACCCGCCAGCCCGAGGAGGGACCCGAGGGGCCCGAGCGGGGCGUGGUGCACUGUAAGCGCAAGAUCACCCUCUACCGCAGUGGGCAGCUGGUGAUUGAGAACCUGGGCGAUGCCAUCCGCUCCGAGCUCCUGCACUGCCAGAACGGCCCCAUGGAGCCCCAGAGCACCAUGGAACUGGAGCUCUCGGACGUUGCUGGCAAUGCCUCCACCCAGGGCACCGCCAACCCGGGCUCCAGCACCCAGCAGGCUCUGGCGCCCGGCAAGCGCCGGAAGCGCAAGCCCAAGAAGGUUGUCAACAUCGACUGCAAGAAGCAGAUCAGCAGCUGCAAGGGGACGCAGAGUGACGUGGUGCUGUUCUUCAUCCACGGCGUGGGCGGCUCCCUGGACAUCUGGAAGGAGCAGCUGGACUUCUUCAGCAAGCUGGGCUACGAGGUGGUGGCCCCAGACCUGGCCGGACAUGGCUCUAGCUCCGCCCCGCAGAUCGCAGCCGCCUACACCUUCUAUGCCCUGGCUGAGGACAUGAGGGCCGUCUUCAAACGCUAUGCAAAGAAGAGGAACAUCCUGAUAGGCCACUCGUACGGGGUUUCCUUCUGCACCUUCCUAGCCCAUGAGUACCCGGACCUGGUCCACAAGGUGAUCAUGAUCAACGGGGGCGGCCCCACCGCGCUGGAGCCCAGCCUGUGCUCCAUCUUCAACAUGCCAACCUGCAUCCUUCACUGCCUGUCCCCCUGCCUAGCCUGGAGCUUCCUCAAGGCUGGCUUCGCUCGCCAGGGUGCCAAAGAGAAGCAGCUGCUCAAGGAAGGCAACGCCUUCAACGUAUCCUCCUUCGUCCUGCGGGCCAUGAUGAGUGGGCAGUACUGGCCGGAGGGUGACGAGGUCUAUCACGCCGAGCUCACCGUGCCGGUGCUGCUGGUCCAUGGCAUGCAUGACAAGUUUGUGCCAGUGGAGGAGGAUCAGCGGAUGGCCGAGAUCCUGCUGAUGGCGUUCCUGAAGGUGAUUGAUGAGGGCAGUCACAUGGUGAUGAUGGAGUGUCCGGAGACGGUGAACACCCUGCUCCACGAGUUCCUCCUGUGGGAGCCCGAGAUGCCCGCCGGGGAAGGGCGAGAAGUGGAGAAGAAAUAAGCCAGUCAGCGAGUGGUGACCCGGCUCCGGUGCUACUUCGACGGGAGGGACUUUUCGACAUGGAGAGAGACGGGGUCUGAGUGCAGGAGCGGAGGGGGGUGUGGUGGAAAGGCUCCUCCCUGGCCACGCCUGGAGCUGCUUUCUUCCCUGGAUACAGCUGGAUUGGAAGCUGGGCUGGCUGGCGGUUAAGCACAGUGGCUUCAAGGGGAGCCUCUUUGCAGGGCCUGGUGCGUGCAGGCUGGCGGCAGGAGUAGGGCAAACUGGCUGAGGGCGCGCUCCUUGGGAGGGUACGCAAGCACGCAAGCUGCAUCUUCAUCCUGUUUCCUUGUAGUAUAAUUUCUCUCAUGCAGUGGCCCCAUUUAGGGCAGGGGGUGGAGAAGGGAGACUGUGGGGAGGGGCUCAGACUGGUACAGCAUGUGGGGCCUCUCCGCUCCCCAUAGCAUCCCACCCACCAUUAACCAAAGGGGCGCUUUAAGGGAGAAGCCACAAGAUGAGGAUGGACAAAGCCAUAAGGGGCAGGCUCUUCCCACGAACUCUUAGCAGCUAGAUCCCCCGCUUCGCUUCGGCUGAACGUGAGCCAGCCCUGGAUAGCUGAAGCACCUUGCCGGAGGGCCAGUGGUGGGCUUGACCCUGCCCGACACAGGGUACCUGCCCCGAGGAGCUCACAGCCUAAAGGAUGUGUGGCUUUUGCCCCAGGGAGAAGAGGCAGAGAAGUGAGGACUGGUCACCAUGCAUGUCUGGCUGGUAGCUGAGCAAGGCGGGAUAGUGACUGGUGGUGCCAGACUCCGAAGAGCAGCCCUUGAGCCUGGCUCUGGGACACAGGGACGGCUCCUGCUGAACGCUAGCUGCCCUGCCUUGGGACUGGGCCCAUAGAUCAGCUUGACACCAGCUGUCCGAGAGGAGGGGGCGGAUGAGCAAAGGCCGAGCUGUCCAGCAGCAGGGUCUACUGUUCUCAGCACACCCCAAGCAUGCCUUCCACCUCCUAACCCACCAGUGCUUUAGGUACCUUUUCCCUGGCUUCAUCCACAUGGCGACCCUCCGUUUCCCCACACAACCUUCAAUGAACCGAUAGGGCCAGGGGAGGGUCUUGGGGAACUGAUUUUGACGCCGUCCCAUGAUCAGUCAGACCAUAGGUCAAUGACAUUGCAGCCGGAUUCACUGCAACCCCAAACUGCUCCCUUCACUGGGGCCAGGUCCUGCCUCAGGGCAUUUUCCUCGCCAGCUUCCCGCUGAGCAUCUCCCGAGUGUAGUUUGGUAGCCCGGAUGGAAGCUGAGUGUGUCCCCAUGUGAAGCGGAGAGAGAGCCGUGGCACAUCAUUAUCUAGCCAUUAACACACCGUGCAUCCAUCCAUCCCCGUUAGCGUCACUUUUCGCACCCAAACCUGGUGGACAUCGAGUAAUCUAGCCCUGGGUUAGUGGGGGGAGGGGAAUGCUGCAAAGAAUGAGGGAAUAACUACAAAAGAAAACCAGUCACGUUACCUAUAGAUGCCACUACUGUGGAAAAACCACCCUCUGACGCUGUCCAUGCGGCUUUUCCUCUGGACCCUGGCAAAACCAGCAGCGGGGCAGGUACCGGCUGAAAGGGGCAGGGAGGGGCUGAGUCCGUUGCAGAACGGGCUGCGAAGAGUUGAAAGUUGAGCUCUGGGGCUCCCCCUCCACUUUGACAGCAGUGACCAUUUGAUCCAUUCCACAGCGGGGUGGACAGGAGUUGGGGCCAGUUUAACCGUGUCCAGCUGCAGGCCAGACUGACCCAGAGGCAGAGGAAAAAGUCUCCCCCACCCCUCAUUUUCAGUUACUAGGAGUGAGGGGAUGGGUGGGGGCUGCUGUGUGACCGAGGCCUGGCUGGGACAGCUGUGCUGCAGCUCUCCCCCCUGCAGCCAGGCCUAUCGGCUCCCUCCUGCUCCACGCUGGAUUAUUGCCAGCUGACGGCCCAUAAAAGGAACAGCGCUUCGUGGCCAUAGAGCUGCACACCCAACCCUGUGCGGCAUCGCCCAGGCUGCCAGAGCCCACGCCGGGUGCAGGGAUCUCUCCCUUCCCUGCUCCGUCAUCGAAACCAAAGAGAUACAAAUGAGCCUGUUUGUCCUGUACAGGCCUCCGCAGAGCAGCUCCCGCACUCUGCAGAGAACUGAACGGGGGCGGGGUGGGGCAGAUCUGGACACUUCACCCCAAGAACAGGCUGAGCCAAUCCUCUACUGGAGCUGGACCAAGUUGCUGGAAGGAUCUUUGGGGGCCUCCUGAGUGCAGCUGACCCCCUGCUCUUCUGCACAGCCAGGGCUGAGGGGCUUCUGCGCCCACCUCUGCGUGACAGCACCACUUCUCCAAGGCCAAACCUGCUCCAGGCACGCUCAGCCCUGCCACGGACUGCAGCGGCUGUGGGCCAAGCCAAAAGCCACUGCUGAGCUUGGCUCGUCCCCGGGAGCACAGCCCUAGGGUCUCUGACACGACAACAGUAACCGCCAUAAGCCUAGCGAUGGCCGUUCCAGAACAGAACCCAUCUCCUGAGCCAGCAGGUUCUAGCGGGGAGGAAGCCUGAGUAUGGCAACCCACCAUAUGCGACAGCAACCUGACUCCCUGCUCCGCGGGAACCAGCAGAUAUGGAUCACUGACUGAAGGGUGUCCCUCCCGGGUGCUCCUGACCCAUGCGGCUGUGGUGGACUUGGCUCCUGGCCCUUGCUGUCUGUACCUGUUUGUCUCAUAAUGAGAAUUUUAAUGACUUACAAGGAGGUUCAAAACAUGUUUCCAGUUAGUCGACUUUGCCUCCAGUGAACUGUGUGACCAAGUGGCUGCUAUUAACCAAUCGAAGCAGGAAUCUCUAGACUAACGCCAUCUCUAGACUAACGCCUUGUCAUCCGUUACAUGGCUGGAUGACCCCCGUGUUACAGCAUCUCUGUUAUUCUUUGUGUCCUUAAUUCUUAGUGGAAGCCGCCUAGCACUUCAGCCUUCUGAUGUUUUAUUUCAGAGCAGCUGCAGAAAUGUGCACAGACCUGUUGUAACCUUCCAUUUGUUAGGGACCAUCCAGUUAACAAUCCAAGGGGACCCUCCCUUUGCAAACUGAAUCCUCGGGGGUUAUUGCUGUGGGGCUCGGAAGCACUUUGCGUUUGAAUGAGAUGUAGAACUAGUCAGGAAAGAUCCCCCAGCUCGCUGGGAAAGGGCAGGGGAUCGUUAACCUCAUUGUUCUGGCCCAGUCCCACUCUGGGUAAUUACAUUGUGCCUGCUUAAAUUAACCCUGCCAUUGCCAAGUGAAACGGUUGUGCAGCCUUUUGCUGCACGCUAUUAAACAGCUGCUGAAUUUCAGCGGGCAGUGGAAUUAUCCCGCUGUGGUUUGGACAGCCCUGGCUCACUGGAAACUACAGACAACAGAUUCUCUUUGCAGGGGAUUUGCAUGGGCAUCUCAGAGAGAAGCAGCAACUCAGCCAGCUCUGGCCCCAAGCAGCAGGAAAACGACACAGCAGCUUCCAAGGAGGAAGAGCUGCACUGAUUAGGGACUAAAUGGCAGACAGGCUCCUGCCUCUAGUUCAUUGUUAUGAUGGGGUCCGGAAAUGCUAACACUGCUCUGAGAAAGCCGAGGGGUCUGUCAGACACGCCACGGAAUGAGGAAUGUGUAGUAACUUCAUUGCCAGAGAAUGGAUUUGCACUGGACCCUGCGCUGAGUGCAGACAGGGGCUGGCUGCAUGGUCAGCCAGCCACCAGAGAACACUGUCACUGUAGCGUAAAGAAAUCUCUGCUUAUUGCAGUAGACAGACUGUUCUCCCUCCCCACCCCCCAAAAUAGUGGCAGUAGCGGGCAGCUAUUGCCCAUGACAAAGGAAGAGGUACUGGACCCAACUCCUCCUCACCCCACACAGUCCCUUACACCAGUGGGUGUAAAAUGCUACCGACUCCAAACAGCACCAUCCUAGCACUAAGGGUUAAUGGCUGCCCAAAGUGUGGGGUGAAGAGGUGCAGCCCUGGGUGCAGCCCUGUCCCACCCUUCUCCUCACCCUUAGAGCAGGGUGUGUUCAGCUAGCCCCACUGAUGGGUGGGAGGGUAGGAGCUAUUCUCCAAUGAGGAGGGAGAAGAGGCCAAUGCUUUGGCUAGGUUCUCUCCCACUAAGUGGCAAGGGUGAGGUUCUUAGAGAACUGUCUGUAACCACCAGCCCCAGGCAGGCUGUGGCCCCACAGACAGAAGCCUGCUGCUGGCACUGGACUGCCAUGCUGUCUGAUUUGACCAUUAACAGUCCCUCCCUACAGCUGGGCCCCAAGAGCUGCUUCCCCCAUCCUCCUGAUUUGUACUUGGAAACACAGGGUUGACCUUGUCGCUGUGUUGAGGUGACUGUUACUGUGCCCUGUUGUGGUACACGUUCUUUUAAGUGUUUGUUGCCAUUAAUUCUGGAGUCUGUGCCACUUGUACCUGACCCUGCUUGUGUGGAAGCAAAAGGAAAGUUGUGUGCUGUGAUCCACCAUUUAAAAAUGAAACCCUAACCUGUGAGUGUGCCAUUUCAUACAGUAAAUAUCUACGAUAUUCUCA